AUGGAGAGGUAUGACCCUAUCUUCAUAUCAUAUAAACACUACUCCACGGUCGGUGGGUAUCAAACACUCCAAGUUAUCUUCAAGAGUAACAACGACGCUAAAGCUAACUUAGCCAAGAUGAAAUUCCUGAUUGUAGCUUCAUUCUGCGUGGCAAUGGCUCUUGGUCAAAAUGUGAUUCAGCCAAGACCAAACGUCCGAACUUUACCUGCUGAAGCCCGCAAAGAGGCUCCGGGUCAAUGCUACGGAUUCACUGCCAGAAGGGCCUUCCCUGUGGGUCAGUCUUGGCAACUGACUCCCUUCUGUGGCAGAGCCACCUGCCUCCAGCAAGGGAACCAGCUGCUCGAAAAGGUGGAAGACUGUGGCUUUGAGCCCAAGCCAUCUCCCGGCUGUCGAGUCGUGAACGAAGCCGACCAAGCUAAGCCAUACCCAGCCUGCUGCCCCGUGUAUGCAUGCCAGCCAGGUGCCACACUCCAGUAUCCAACUGAGCAAGAGCUGAGGGCUGCUGCACAGCAGAAUGCUCAGGCUGCACAAGGUGCACAGGGAUAAUUACUCAAUCAGUAGUCAAGAAAUAUUCAUCUGAAGCAUUCCCUUACGAUUCUUUAACUUAUUCAUUGUUCUGGAGAAUGUUACUGCCAUAUUUCUAAAGAAAUGUUGCAGAAAGGUCUUUGUUUGGAUUGUUAAAAAAUAUAUAUUUUUUCAUAUACAAAUAAAUAAAAUUAUUUAUCUUAU